AACAGUGAGGAGACACUGAAAGAGAGAGACACAGAGAGGGAGAGAGAGAGAGAAAGAGAGAGAGAGAAAGAGAGAGCGAGAGAGAGAGAGAGAAAGAGAGAGAGAGAGAGAGAGAGAGUCAGAGAGCUGUGUAACCCUGCCCACUUUCCACAAAACCAUUGAACUCCGGCAGAGUGAGCUGUGCUCUGUGAGGCUUCUCCAGAGCUCUGCACCUCUGCUGCUCAAACUGCUCUCUCUCAACUCAACAGCAGGAUCCGACAGCAAAGGAGCACUUCUAUCAGCAGCGCCGGCAAUCAGCACCACCACCACCAGCACCACCAGCACCACCACCAGCAGCAGCAGCAACACCACGUGGGACUACUGGCACCGGUGCCAACUGCUCAAGGCUCAGCCUUCAACCUGAUCUCCCAGAGAGGAAAAAGCCCACAGCGCUCAGACCAGACCUGACCCAUGAACCACUCCUUUCGCUGGACCAGCCAGCCACUGGGAACUGUCUUCUGAUGAGCUUCGACCACUUCCGAGCCAUGACUUCUCAGACCUAGAAAUAAGGAUUAUCCUCUUUUUUUUUCUUGAAUUGCAUCUUUGUUGUUUUCCUGCUCUUCGCGUGUCAAGUAUAGUCCUUCAAGAAACCAAUCGAACUCUCGUUUUUUCGUUAAACGCCGCAUCGCUGCCGCUGCCCUCCACGUCAAGCGCCAGCGUUGAAGGAGAGACCAAGCCGAGGUUGUCCCAUCGUCCCACUCACCCACUCACCCACUCACUCACUCAUCACUCACUCACUCCCGUCCGCAGGAUGUCCGCUCUCACACUGAUGACUGGGAUGUUGUUGCUUCUCUGCGGGAUCCUCUCCUGCUGCUGCACCCCGACCCUGGGAGGGUCUGAGGCGGCUGAACAGGGCAGCGUGCCCCAGCAGCAGCAGCAGCAGCAGCAGCAGUUCCAGGACUCUCAGCAGGCAGCAGCAGCAGCAGCAGCAGCAGCCGUAGGAGCAGGGGCAGGAGCGGGGACCGGGGGCUCUGCCUCCGCCGCCGCCGCUGCCGCAGUCGCAGGGGACGAGGCAGGUGAGUCCACCUGUCCGUCGUGCGCGCUGGCCCAGGUGCACGCGGAGGAGCCGCCGCAGCAGCAGCAGGCGGACAUGGUGGAGGCGGUCAAGAGGCACAUCCUCAACAUGCUGCACCUGAGCGCGCGGCCCAACAUCACCCGGCCCGUGCCGCGCGCCGCGCUCCUCAACGCCAUCCGCAAGCUGCACGUGGGCCGCGUGGGCGAGGACGGCUCCGUGGAGAUGGAGGAGGACGCCGCCGGCCUCGGGCACCAGCAGGGAGACGACGAGCAGCCCGCCGAGAUAAUCACCUUCGCCGAGCCUGGAGACAGCCCUGACGUGGUGCAGUUCGACAUUUCCAAGGAGGCCACCUCGCAGUCGGUGGUGGAGCAGGCCAACAUGUGGCUGUUCCUGAAGCUGGCCAAGGGCACCCGGGGCAAAGGCAAGGUCAACGUCCAGCUCCGGCAGCAGCUGACCGGCGCCGACGGCGAGCUCCGCGAGGAGCUGGUGUCCGAGAAGGCCGUGGACACGCGGCGCAGCGGCUGGCACACGCUCCCCGUGCCCCGCAGCGUCCAGGCCCUGCUGGAGGGCGACGGCAGCGUCAUGCGCCUGCGCGUGUCCUGCCCGCUGUGCGCCGACGCCGGCGCCACCCCGAUCCUGGCGGCGGCGGCGGGCGACCGGGCGCGCGAGCAGUCCCACCGGCCCUUCCUCAUGGUGGUGCUGCGGCCCGGCGAGGAGCACCCGCACCGGCGCAGCAAGCGCGGCCUGGAGUGCGACGGCAAGAUCCGCGUGUGCUGCAAGAAGCAGUUCUACGUCAACUUCAAGGACAUCGGCUGGAGCGACUGGAUCAUCGCGCCGCCCGGCUACCACGCCAACUACUGCGAGGGCGACUGCCCCAGCAACGUGGCCAGCAUCACGGGCUCCUCGCUGUCCUUCCACUCCACGGUCAUCAACCACUACCGCAUACGCGGCUACAGCCCCUUCACAAACAUCAAGUCCUGCUGUGUGCCCACACGCCUGCGGGCCAUGUCCAUGCUCUACUACAACGAGGAGCAGAAGGUCAUCAAGAAAGACAUCCAGAACAUGAUCGUAGAGGAGUGUGGAUGCUCGUAAAGGUGUGCGUUGAUAAACAAAAACAAGGACACCACAUAAACUUGAUUACUCUUUCUGUAAGAGACAGUUUAUCCAUGUUUGUCCAGAUGCACAGGGAGAGUGGACUCGUCAUGCUGACGUUUGACCGUACACAUGCAACUUUUCUGUUGAACUUUCUGGUCAACCGAAUUUGAUUUUUGUCUUUGGAUUUGGAUUAUAUUCCAAUGGGAACUCUUCGACGGAGUGAUCUCUGUGGCACUUUCAGAUUAAGGAAAAUAAGAGAAAUAUAUAAUAUAUUUUUGUUAUGAAAAGGGGAGCAAGAAUGAGAGGGAAUAUGUGCAUGGCCAAGGCAGAGGUGUCAUUCUUGUCACUUUGCACUGCAAUAAAAAAAAAGACUGCUGGCACGAAUGACCUUUGAACUAAACUGAACUAUGCAACUUGUCAAGUAUUAUUAUGUGUUAAUUUUUGUGUUUUGUGUACU